AUGGCUGCCGAGGCUGAGAAGAAAUCAAAGGUCUCCAAGACCACCAAGACGUCUACGCGCUCCUCAAAGACGGGCGAGAAGCCGGCCAAGAAGUCUUCGUCGUCGUCCAAGAAGGCGGCCUCCUCCAAGGAUGACCCAACCGCAAAGACUCACAAGCUCGCCCUCAAGGGCUCCUCCAAGAUAGUCUCGGAAUUUUUCGAGUACUCAAUCCACACCAUCCUGUUCCAGCGGGGCGUCUACCCCGCCGAGGACUUCACGGCAGUCAAGAAGUACGGCCUCACGAUGAUGGUCAGCGCCGACGACCAGGUCAAGGCGUACAUCAAGAAGAUCAUGACGCAGCUCAGCAAGUGGAUGCAAGGCAGCAAAAUCAACAAGCUCGUCAUCGUCGUGACAUCUCGAGAGACGGGCCAGCACGUCGAGCGGUGGCAAUUCGACGUCGACGUAUUCAGCAAGUCCAUCAACAACAGUAGCAGUAGCAGCAGCAGCAAACCCGCCCAUUCGCCCAGCACCGCCACGACGACCGACGCCGCCACCGAAACGGACAGCGCGGACGCAGCCACGGACGCCGAAAACGCCACCACCACAACCACUACUCCCUCGGCUCCAGAAAAGGAAAAAACAGAGGCAGAGAUCCAGUCCGAGAUCCAGUCGCUGUUCCGGCAAAUCACAGCCUCCGUCACCUUCCUGCCCAUGCUCGACGGCAACUGCACAUUCAACGUGCUGGUCUACGCCGACGCCGACAGCGACGUCCCCGUCGAGUGGGGCGACAGCGACGCCAAGGAGAUCGAAAACGGCGAGAAGGUGCAGCUGCGCAGUUUCAGCACCAGCAACCAUCGCGUCGACACGCUUGUGAGCUAUCGCCUCGCGGACUAA